AUGACACCUUAAUAUUUUAGUCGGUGCCCAAUGAGUCUUUCUAGAUAGAUACAGAACAGCACACACAAACCAUGCACGUGUUUUUCGAUCGCUCAGAGUGAGAAAAACGUGGGUUCACAAACCCCCCAAACCGCCGACACAUUCUUUCUCCAUAAUUGGUUAGACAAGCCGCGGGGUUCGCCGGAGCGCCGCCGCCGGUGGGUUCCCGCGCUGCUCUGUCAAUGACUGGUGACUACUAGUGUUACAUAAAAGUAGCUUAAUUGCAUAAGCCAACUGCAGUAAGAAUGGUUGCACUUGCGAGUUUUCUUCGACAAGAAACGUGUGAAAGCUACUUUAUUUUUCAUGCUGAAACUAAAUUGGGAAAUGGGUUUAGGACAUUUUUGUAUUUUCUUGGUCUUGCUUAUUGUUUCCUGGGACUAUCAGCAAUAACUGCUCGUUUUUUUCGGUCUAUGGAAACUGUUGUGAAACACACACGUCAGGUUGUAGUGACUGACCCUUCUACUGGGGAAGAAACCAUUAGGCAUGAAAAAGUUUGGAAUUUCACUAUUGCAGACAUUACCCUGCUGGCCUUUGGGACUAGUUUUCCUCAAAUAUCCCUAGCUACUAUUGAUGCCAUAAGGAAUUUGGGGAACCUCUAUGCAGGAGGUUUGGGCCCUGGAACCCUUGUUGGUUCUGCUGCAUUCGAUCUCUUUCCUAUUCAUGCUGUUUGUGUUGUAGUACCGAGAGCUGGAGAGUUGAAAAAGAUAUCUGACAUAGGAGUUUGGCUAGUGGAGCUUUUUUGGUCUUUUUGGGCUUAUAUUUGGUUGUAUAUAAUUCUAGAGGUUUGGACCCCAAAUGUGAUAACGUUGUGGGAAGCCUUAUUAACAGUACUUCAGUAUGGUUUAUUACUAACACAUGCUUAUGCUCAAGACAAGCGCUGGCCUUACAUAUCUCUUCCUCUAAAAAAAGGUGAAAGGCCAGAGGAGUGGGUGCCAGCUGAGGCAGCUUCAGGCAAGCAUGAUACAACUGUUGGCAAAGGCUACUCUGAAAUACUUCCAGUCAGUGAAAAUGCAGACAGAAAUGUUGUUGAUAUUUUCUCCAUUCAUUCAAGAGAUGAAAUAGAGUUUCCUGGCCCAGGGUAUCAAAAGGUGCCUGGAUUCGAUGAUUCAGCAGAAUCGUCAAAUAAAAAUUUGGAGGAGGAGACAGCUUCAGAAGAUUCUGAUAUUCUUGUACUUUGGAGACAGCAGUUUGCGGAUGCACUCAUGUUGGAAAGCAGAGAAUCAAGAAAAUUGAAUAAUGUAUACCUGCGACUUGCAAGAAUUUCCUGGCAGUUAGUUUUGGCUCCAUGGAAACUUAUGUUUGCUUUUGUGCCUCCAUAUAAUAUUGCCCAUGGUUGGGUUGCCUUCAUAUCUUCUCUCAUUUUCAUCAGCGGUAUUGCUUACAUAGUGACAGAAUUUACAGAUCUGAUAAGCUGUGUCACAGGAAUAAAUCCAUAUGUCAUAGCAUUUACUGCAUUAGCAAGUGGCACUUCGUGGCCAGACUUAGUUGCGAGUAAGAUUGCUGCUGAACGUCAGACAACGGCUGACUCUGCUAUUGCAAACAUCACUUGCAGCAAUUCAGUGAAUAUAUAUGUUGGCAUUGGUGUUCCAUGGCUGAUUGACACUGCAUACAACUUCAUAGCAUAUGGAGAACCUUUGCACAUUGAGAAUGCUGCUGGACUGAGCUUCUCACUACUUGUAUUUUUCUCUACUUCUGUGGGAUGUAUUGCUGUUCUAGUAUUUAGGCGUCUAACGUUGGGUGCUGAGCUCGGAGGACCAAAGCUCUGGGCUUGGCUUACCUCUGCCUACUUCAUGUUACUUUGGCUUAUUUUUGUUGUGCUAUCUUCUCUCAGGGUUUCUGGAAUCAUAUGAUACGAGCAAUUUUUCUGCUCAUUUCUUUUCUAUUGGAUAUAGUUUUUUUGUUUCCUUUCCCUGUUAUAGUAAUAUAUCAGAAUUAUGUAAUUGAGUGUAUGAUUAGGUUCAAAGUUCUUUUCCUUUUAUGUUAAAAAUACUCAUUCAUUUUUGUAACUGUUUGAAAAUAAUUUAAGUUGUAUGAAAUGUUGAAUACUGAUGAUUCUUUUUGUGCCAA